CUUUUGGUGAAACGAGCUAGCGCCGAUCAAAACCCUAGCUCCGAUCCCCUCAACUGCUUCGCUUUCAUCGUUUCGGCGCGUCGUAAGGAUUGAGUGGUGAGUUUCAGGGAUUAGGGACUCUGGAGGUAUUUGGCGUGUGUGAAACAAGAUCCCAUUUAAGAUGAAGUACAAUCCAAGAGCAACAAGCUCCAGGAGGAAGUGCCGGAAAGCGCACUUCAAGGCUCCUUCAAGUGUUCGCCGCAUUCUAAUGAGUGCCCCCCUUUCUCCUGAACUUCGCAAUAAAUACAAUGUUCGAUCUGUUCCUGUUAGGAAAGAUGAUGAGGUGCAAGUUGUCAGGGGGACUUUUAAAGGAAGAGAGGGUAAGAUUGUUCUAGUUUACAGGAUAAAAUGGGUUAUUCACAUUGAGCGCAUCACUAGGGAGAAGGUUAAUGGUUCAACGGUCAAUGUUGGAAUUCACCCAUCAAAGGUGAUGGUGACAAAAUUGAAGCUUGAUAAGGACCGGAAAGCUCUCUUAGAGAGGAAAGGAAAGGGCAGGGCUGCAGAGAAGGGCAAGGGCAAAUUCACCGCUGAGGAUGUUGCCACUUCUCUCCAGGGUGUUGAUUAGGUUCAUUCGAUUACCUUUAUCCUUUUUCUCCCAAUUUAUCCUAGUGCUUUCCAGGAUUGCCUUGAGGGCUCUCUGGCCGCCUUAAGAUUAUAGUGAGAAAAUAAGGGUGUCGUGUUUAUUUUUUGGUUUCACCUUCAAAUUGUGAUAGCCACUCAUUCUUGAAGUGGUUAUGUGGUAAGAUGGUACUUUUUCUGCAAGAGUUGAAGAUUUAAGUUCCCUUUUUGGUAGUGGUCUGGCCUUUUUUAUGGGUUCAACCAUUUGGCUUAGUGUUUACAGCACAAAAGCCACACUUGUUUCUUGCUUUGGAAUCCCUCAUUCCCUUGCCCACUCAAAUUGUUUGUUUUUAAUGGCCUGUUAAUGCGGAUUUUUUUUCAUUUUA